UGGGUUGUUUGGGGGUUUUCUAUUUUUGGUAAAGAUUUUGACUUUGUGAAGAAACUUCAACUCUAGCUUCAUCUCAAUGAUUUUCUUGAUCAGUUCUUGAUUUUCUUUAGUGUGGGAAAAAAAAUAGAAAACCAAUCUUGAUUUUAGGAAGGAAUCUCAAUUCCACUUUUCCCAGCAUUCCAAUUAUUGGAAUUACCAACCAAAAAAACAAAAAGGGCAGAGAGAGAGAGAGAGAGAGAUAUGAUUUUGGAUCUGUUAAAAAGAAGAUAGAAAGCUAGUGCUUGAAGAGGAGAGUGGGUAUUUUAUUCAUUUUUUUAUUUAUUUUAUUUUUAUUUUUACUUUUGCUUUUCGAGGGAAGAUAUAAUGAGUAGAGAAUCGAAGAAAAUGGUAAAACCGGACAAGGGUUGUGAUGGAGCUGAGAAGGUUGUUGUGGCUGUUAAGGCAGCAAAGGAGAUUCCUAAGACUGCUUUGAUUUGGGCACUAACUCAUGUCGUCCAGCCUGGCGAUUGCAUUACCCUUCUCGUGGUCGUCUCUUCACACACCUCCGGUAGAAAAUUUUGGGGAUUUCCGAGAUUUGCGGGAGAUUGUGCAAGCGGACAUAGGAGGUCACAAUCUGGUACGAGUGCGGAUCAGAAAUUCGACAUAACAGAUUAUUGCUCUCAGAUGAUUCUUCAGCUUCACGAGGUUUACGAUCCUAAUAAAAUCAACGUGAAGAUAAAAAUCGUGUCGGGGACCCCACCUGGAUCCGUUGCUGCCGAGGCGAAGAAAAAUCGAGCCAGUUGGGUCGUUUUGGACAAACAUCUUAAACCCGAGGAAAAGCGGUGCAUGGAAGAGCUGCAAUGCAACGUCGUCGUUAUGAAGCGCUCUCAACCUAAAGUUCUCCGAUUAAAUUUAGUUGGGUCGCCCAAAACCGAACCGGAUUCGACGAAUUCCGAUAAUAAUAAUAAAAAUAAUGAUCAGACGAAAAAACAAGAACUCGGAAAAGCUGAUAGUUCUUCGAAUCCAUCAUCAACGCGGGCCCCACUAGUGACCCCGUCGAGCAGCCCCGAGGCAUUCACCGCAACAGAAGCCGGAACCUCGUCUGUCUCGAGCUCCGAUCCCGGAACUUCACCUUUCUUCAUCACACAAGCAACAAAUACUAAUAGCAACAACGUUUUCAAGAAAGCCGAAAAUUUAGCGACGAAAUUACAAAAUCGAGGCAUUGACCAUCAUCACGAAGAAUCCAGUUCCGACAGUGACACGGAAACGAACUUGUCGUCUCUCUCUUCGAGCUUUAGAUCUAAUCUUGAUUUCACGGGCGAUUUGAGAGAGGCAAUUUCUCUCUCUAGAGCAGGGGGGCCACCGCCGCUGGGUCCACCUCCUUUGUGCUCGAUAUGCCAGCACAAAGCGCCCGUGUUUGGGAAGCCGCCUAGGUGGUUCGCUUACGCUGAGCUGGCGCUAGCGACGGAUGGGUUUUCAGAGGCAAACUUUUUGGCCGAGGGCGGGUUCGGUUGUGUGCACCGUGGGGCCCUCCCGGACGGGCGGGCGAUUGCCGUGAAGCAGCACAAGCUAGCGAGCUCGCAAGGCGAUCGGGAAUUUUGCUCGGAAGUCGAGGUUUUGAGCUGCGCUCAGCACCGUAAUGUUGUUAUGUUGAUCGGUUUUUGCAUCGAGGAUGGUAGGAGGUUGUUGGUGUAUGAGUACAUAUGCAACGGAAGUCUCGAUUCACAUCUCUACGGGCGAAAUCCGGAUAUACUAUAUUGGGGGGCAAGGCAAAAAAUAGCGGUUGGGUCGGCACGAGGAUUGAGGUAUCUUCACGAAGAAUGCAGAGUCGGUUGCAUUGUGCAUCGAGACAUGCGCCCCAACAACAUUCUCAUCACCCACGAUUUCGAACCCUUGGUGGGAGACUUUGGUCUAGCUCGGUGGCAACCCGAUGGAGAAACCGGAGUCGAGACCCGAGUUAUCGGAACGUUCGGGUAUUUAGCACCCGAGUACGCGCAAAGCGGCCAGGUCACAGAAAAAGCCGACGUUUACUCGUUUGGAGUUGUGCUUGUGGAGCUAUUUACGGGACGAAAAGCGGUGGAUCUCAAUAGGCCUAAGGGGCAGCAGUGUCUUACAGAAUGGGCUCGGCCAUUGUUGGAAGCUUAUGCGAUUGAUGAACUGGUUGAUCCACGAUUGAGAAGUAACUACUCGGAGAACGAAGCUUAUUGCAUGGUGCAUGCCGCUUCUUUGUGCUUACGUAGGGAUCCUCAGACGAGACCUCGUAUGUCUCAGGUUCUUAGAAUACUAGAAGGCGACGUGGUGGAUUCCGGUCAAAUGUCGACGCCUGAGGGUGAUGUGGGAAGCCGGAGUGGAAGAAUCCGGUCAGAUCAUCAGCUACAAAAAGGCGGCUCCACCAUCGGAAGUGAGUCGUUCCGGCGGUUUAGGUCGAAGCUUUCGCUGUACUCGAGAUAAAUUUCAGGGAUGUAGAUUUUGCUCUGCUUUUUGUGGGCCUUAUAAAACUCGGUCCAGAAAUUCGAAGCUGGACAGAAAAUAUUUUAAACCCGGCCUAAGUUACUUUACGUUGUACAAAAUUAGUGGUUGAUUAAGUUUUUCUAAUUACUUAAUUAUUUAAUGAAAUAUAAUUAUUUGG